AUGUCGAACACCGACUUCCUCGGCCGUGCAAUCGACGCGGUCAAGAAAGCCAUCGAGCAGGACACCGCUGGCGACUAUGAAAAGGCCUACCAACAAUACUAUCAAGCCUUGGAGCUAUUCAUGCUCGCUCUAAAAUGGGAAAAGAACCCCAAAUCAAAAGACAUGAUUCGCCAAAAGGCAGGCGAGUACAUGGAGCGCGCAGAGAAGCUAAAGAACCACCUGGCCGAGAACGAUGGGAAGCGGAAACCGGCAGCGAUGGGAAGCAACGGAUCGGUGGGCAGUAACGGUGGUGGAAAGGGCACAGAGAAUGGCGGCGAUGAGGAACUCGACGCGGACAGCAAGAAGCUGCGAGGCGCGCUUGCGGGUGCUAUCCUGACAGAUAAGCCAAAUAUCAAGUGGGAAGAUGUUGCUGGGCUAGAGGGUGCAAAAGAAGCGUUGAAGGAGGCGGUCAUCCUACCCAUCAAGUUUCCACAUCUCUUUACUGGCAAGAGGCAGCCGUGGAAGGGAAUUUUGCUAUAUGGACCGCCCGGUACGGGAAAGAGUUAUUUGGCCAAAGCAGUGGCAACAGAGGCAAACAGCACAUUCUUCAGCGUGAGCUCGUCAGAUCUGGUUUCAAAAUGGAUGGGAGAGUCGGAACGAUUGGUCAAGCAACUCUUCAAUCUUGCUCGCGAGAACAGACCCUCAAUCAUCUUCAUCGACGAGAUCGAUGCUCUCUGUGGACCUCGUGGCGAAGGCGAAUCCGAAGCGUCACGACGAAUCAAGACCGAACUUCUCGUUCAAAUGGACGGUGUAGGACGGGAUAGUAAAGGUGUCCUGAUCUUAGGCGCUACCAACAUCCCCUGGCAACUCGAUGCAGCCAUUCGUCGCCGGUUCCAACGAAGAGUACACAUUUCACUUCCCGAUCAACCUGCACGUAUGAAGAUGUUCGAACUUGCGGUGGGUAGCACUCCCUGCGAACUAAAGGGCGAAGACUUCAAGACAUUGGCAAAGCUCAGCGAAGGUUACUCUGGAAGCGAUAUUACAAUCGCAGUACAAGACGCUCUAAUGCAGCCCGUUCGGAAGAUUCAGACUGCGACACAUUACAAGAAGGUGGAUUGUGAUGGCGUGGAGAAGCUUACCCCCUGUUCACCCGGCGAUCCUGGUGCUUUGGAAAUGAGUUGGACACAAAUCGAGACGGAUGAACUGUUGGAGCCGCCGUUACAAGUCAAAGACUUCGUAAAGGCGAUCAAGGGUGCGAGAGCAAGUGUUAGCGGGGAGGAUCUUACGAGAAACGCCGAAUGGACGAAGGAGUUUGGAAGUGAAGGCGCUUGA